GUGACGUCAAGUAUGAAUCAAUCCACGAUAUUAGAGCCAUCAAUGCCUCUGGAAUUUACUCAAUCUGGUUCUCCCGUCAGUAGCUCUAAUCAACAAUGUAUCGUUCUACCUAACAGCUCCAAUAACAAAGCUACGCAGGAGAACAUUAGUCAGCGAAACGAUGGAAAUCGCAUUAUGACGGAGCAAUUUCCUACGUUGGGUAAUUGGGUAGCGCGAAUGUCGAAGAAACAGGCCACCAAGUCAAAAUCUAAGUUGCAAUCUGGAAUAAGUUUACCAACCGCAUCAACAGCUGAGACCGCUCGCACCCCCGGACUGGAGACACAAAAGAUUCGCACAAGCGAACGAGCAUCAACUAACGUGACACGAAAUAAUAUAGUUAACGUUGCGCCGCAAUGGAAUACGGAAAGGUGGCAGCGACAGCAACAUCAGCAACGUCAACAACAGUUGUACGCAGCGGCAUCAUCGGCCGCACCUCCAGUGAGACCGGGCAUCUGUCCACCCAUUUCGGUCACUCAAUUCUAUUCACCAAAUUACGCAGUCGAUCCUUACGGCGGUGCAGCUUUCGGCUACCAUUCGACGAUUUGUCCCUACGGUGAUUAUCCCUGUCACUCCCGCCUGCAUCCUGCUGCACCGCCGAUAAGCGGCUAUCAAAUAGGUCCCCUGCAGGAUCCGCAUCCCUCUCCGCUCCGCCAGAUCUCCGCUCCGCAGCAUCUCGACAAGCGUUUUCCUGCGCAUCUGCAGGACACGGCGGCUCGCCACUUCACCGCGGAUCUGCUCAAGUACUCUGGUACAUUAUCAGCAGGCGGAUAUCAGCAUGCCACCGCUGCCGACUACGAUCGUCUAAGAACGGCGACAGCCGCCACGCAGAACGGCACCGCGUCGGCCUGCCUGCCGUCCUUGCUGUUACCGCCACCCCCGCCGUUGGCAGCAGCCUCCGCGCAGCAGACUUUGGCGCGUACUUCUUUGGCCGGUUAUCCCGCAAAUAAUGGUCAAUAUGGCAGAAAUAGGAUGAUCCCGGAUGUCGUUGCCGCGGCGGCGGCUGCUGCGGUGGUCGCGGCGGCUUCUUUUGGCCGGCAGCGCGGCACGCUACCAUCAUACGGAAGAAACGACCCGGAGAUGGUGUCCGGCAUCGGCGCCGUUAUGGACAACGAAUCCUCGCAACUGAUGACGGCGAAUAGAAUGGCGAACCGCGAACGUAUGCCGCAGGAACAGGCGCAAUCCGUCGGCGCCAUCAAUGUGGACUCGCGAAUGAACAACGGUGGUUAUCGUCAACUGCAGAAUCUGAUACUGGACAGACUACCUUACGUGAAGGCGGACGACGCUUAUUCUCAAUCGUCAACAACGAUCUUCGGCGAGAAUGCGCAGGAGACGGCGGUAGCGUCCUCGGUAUCUACGUCAAUGUACAAGCCCGCCACGAUCCUAACGUCUGGUGUCGCUAAGGAGUCUAUGCGGAAGGAAAGUCGUAACUGCGAAACUCCGCAUCUGGGCAAGAUAAAUCGCACCAUGGAGACUACGAGCAAUCUGGAGUGCUCAAACUGCGGCCUUACUGGCUCCAUGUUUAAAUGCCUUGGCUGCGAAGCGGCCUUCUAUUGUGAUGAGAGGUGCCAAACUCGUCAUUGGAGCAUCCACGUCGAGAAAUGCCCGAAGAGAAUGCCUAAGCUAAAGAAACUCGUCUGAAAAUUGUCACAGGAAUCACGAGAACCUGCAAAUAAAUUAAUAUUUACAUAUAAAGUAUCAAUUAACUUGAUGACCAAGAUAACAAGUAAAAAAAGAUGAACGAUGUUUGAAAUAAGAUGUUUUGAUAUUCGCGUAUUUUCACCGAUAAUUUUAUGUACUUCUAGUCGAUGUAUCAUAAAUCGUAACAAAUGCGAGUAUUAUUUCUUGCGAUAGCAUCGGAUUUACACGACGAAUGUGAUAAAGUGUGUCUGGUCGUAAGAUAAACGCUUACAGUAAUUUUAUAAUACUUUGUUCACGGUCUGUUCUGCUUUGUAAAUUAUGAAUCGCGAAAAUGAAGAAUUCAGCGCACCUCGCAUUAUAUCUUACUAUUGUGCGAUAAAUGGUGUAUGUAUUGUGCAAUAGCUAUAAUACGGAAAGUAUUACGCUCAUUGGUAUAUUACAUGUUUUAAUGUAACGGAUGUUACGAACGUGCUACCUCUCAUGUACCUUAUGUGUAGUUAUAAUUAGAUUCAACUGCAGUUUUGUUUUAAUAAAGCUUCUAGCUCUUCACAGCGCGAUCGCAUUGGAUUAUUAACAUCAAAGAAGACAAGAAACAAUAUGAAUUUUAUUACAAAUUAUAUGAAAAACUUUUAGUUUCUCACUAUCGAUGUUGUAUUCUACAUGACUGCAAUGAAGAGAUUUAUUUUGGUGAAAAAUAAUAAGUUAUUAUUAAAAAAAAAAUGUAUCAGAGAUAGCUAAUAAAGUACGAUCGUUUUUAUGAAUAUAUUUAAGAGUCGCGUACUUGUAAGGAAUAACGCUUAUAUCUUUGUUCCAAUGCUUCUUAAUUGUUAUACAUAAUUAUAAUCAAUUUUUUUGUACUUUUAUAACAAUUUGAAAAAAAAUUGCAACACCGCAGUUUUCUUGAAAUGGAUAAAU